AUGGCGUCCACAGACGACAGGCUUCAAAAUUCUGCUUCAGAUACAAACAAGAAGAGCGACGCUCUCAGGAUCAUCCUGAUUGGAAAGACCGGAGCGGGAAAGAGUGCCACAGGAAACUCCAUCCUGGGCAGAGAGGCGUUUCAGUCCGAACUGUCCUCCUCCUCGUGGACGUUUCAGUGCAAGAGAGCUGAUGGAGACGUGAGGGGUCGACAGGUGGCCAUUAUCGACACCCCAGGUCUGUUUGACACUAACUUUAAUGAAGAGGAGCUGCUAAAGAGGAUCCAGCCGUGCAUGUCUCUGUCUGCUCCGGGUCCUCACGCCUUCCUGGUGGUUCUGCAGCUGGGCAGGUUCACCAAAGAGGAGAGGGACACCAUCAGGACCAUUCAGUCCUAUUUUGGUGAGGACGCAGCCAAAUACUCUCUGGUGUUGUUCACACACGGGGACAAACUGAAGAAGCAAAGUAUUGAAACCUUCAUCUCGAAGAGCGAAGAGCUCAAAGGCCUCGUUGAUAUCUGCUACGGCAGAUAUCACGUCUUCAACAACCGAACCAACACCCAGGAACAGACCGAUCAGCUGCUGGAUAAGAUCGACAAGAUGAUUCUGCAGAACGAGGGAGGAUUCUACACGGGGAAGAUGUUCAAAAGAGCAAAACAGGCGUCAAAGAAGGAGAAGAAGAGAGUUUUAAAGGAGCAGAAGGACGUAGAGAAGGAGAGGAAGAAUGCUCUGAGGACUGAAGUGGCCCGAGAUAUGGGUUUGACAGAAGAGUCGAACAGACACAAUAAAUGUGUUCUGCAUUUAAUAAAAGCUUUCGCUGAUACUCAACAUGCUCACCCUGUGUCAGACACAAACUGUCUUCAGAGGACUCUCCCUUCUGUGCAAUGCAUGCUGGGAUACAUUCCAGCUCUGCGGUCCUGA